AUGGCUACAGGAAGCGAUUCGAACUACCACGAACACAAUGAGGAAAUUGAAAAACUCAGUUCUUUAUUGGAUAACAUUUUCAAGGACGAAUUAGCUACUAAAAGAGCAGUAGAAAUAAUUCUCAGCAAACAAACAUUCAAAAACACAAUAUCGGAAGCAUUAGUCGAAAAGGUCACUCAACUUGAGGCACAAGUUGAAAACCUCACUACACGGAUGGACGACAUGGAGCAAUACUCCAGACGUACAUGCCUUAAGUUUACGGGUAUCCCCGAAAACAAAGACGAAAAUACGGAUCAAAUGAUCUUAAAUGUGAUCAAUAAUUAUGUCCUUGACACAGAAGACGAAAAGAUGGAUUUAUAUCAGAUCAGUAGAUCCCACAGGGUGGGGAGACCCCCAAACAAUGACAAUCGUCAGGACCAAGGCAAAGGUCAACGUCCCCGUGAUAUUAUUGUGAAGUUCGUAUCAUACAGAGAUCGUGCCCUCAUUUAUGCCAAAAAAAGUAACUUAAAGCCAUUUAACGAAAAUGAACAAAACAACUACAAAAUAUUCGUUAAUGAGGCCCUUACCAAGAAACGCGCAGAGCUUCUCUUCCAGACUAGACUGCUUGUGAAAAACAAAGCGUUAGAGCAGGCUUGGACUUAUGAUGGGAACAUUCUCGCCAAAACCUUAGCUGGGAAAAUAAUUACCCUCAGAAGCUUUGAUGACUUACUAAAAUUUUAA